GGCGUUUUCGUUUUUUUUUUUCCCUACUCUACUACAAACAGUUUAUUUAUUCUAGACCCUAUUCUGCCUUAAAAUGUCAGAUCCUUCAAGGUGGCAUGCCAAUGAGUUACAUCGCUACUCUUCAAAUAAUAUUUACUCAGUCUCUCAACACAUGGAUCCACAUCGACCAAAUGACCAUUACGAUUCCACAGCUCCGCACUCAGACCCGCAUACACGCCCAGUAGCACCGGCGCCGCCGCCGCCGACAACUCUAAGACCUCUACAGCCCAGCCCUUAUACAUCUAUCCUGUCUUCACCCCUCUAUCCUCCAGUUUCUAAUCAAAGCCCAACCGAGACCAGCGUGUAUCAUCCACAAGAUAUGAAAUUAAAUAAUAAACGCACUCGUAUCACAAGAGCAUGUGACACCUGUAGACGUAGAAAAGUGAAAUGUGAUACAAGUUUGCCCGGAAACACAUGUAAAAAUUGCAAAUCAUUAGAAAUAGAAUGCACAUACAAUGACUGGUAAUGUAUAGAAUAAUCCAACUUGAAGUUUGUUUCUUCGCUACCAGAAAUUUGGCUCUCAAUUAACAUGACUAUCCCAUCAAAGCGCCAAGAAAAGAGGCCCUCCUAAAGGAUACAUUGAAGUUCUCGAAAACAGAUUGAAAAGGGUCGAAAAAAUUUUAAACACUUUUACGGAAG